AUGUCGCACCAACCGUUGACCGACGACCAAGUCGGUCAAGAGCUCCGCAAGAUGACUGCCUUCAUCAAGCAGGAGGCGAUGGAAAAGGCCCGCGAGAUCGAGAUCAAGGCCAACGAGGAAUUCGCAAUCGAAAAGUCCAAGCUCGUCCGCCAGGAGACGGACGCCAUCGAUACCCAAUACGAGAAGAAGUUUAAGCAGGCACAAAUGUCGCUCCAGAUCACCCGCUCCACCGUGACCAACAAGACCCGGCUCAAGGUUCUCGGCGCCCGCCAGGAGCUGCUGGACGACAUCUUCGAGGAGGCCCGCAAGAAGCUCACCAACGGCACCAAGGAUAAGGGCAAGUACCAGACAAUUCUCAAGAACCUUGUUCUCGAGGGCCUCUACGCCCUCAACGAGCCUGAGGUUCAGGUCCGCGCGCGGAAAGCCGACUUCGACGCUGUUAAGAAGGCUAUUGAAGACGCAACUAAGGAGUACAAGAAGACGACUGGAAAGGACAGCACGGCCAAGGUUGAUGAGGCGAACCCCUUGCCUGCGGAGAGUGCCGGUGGUAUCUUUAUCCUCGGCGGGAACGGAAAGAUUGAGAUCAACAACACAUUUGAGGAGCGCCUAAACCUCCUUCAGGAUACCGGUCUGCCGGCCGUGCGAGAGACUCUGUUUGGAAAGAACCCCAACCGCAGAUUCACCGACUAA